AUGUCUUGGGCUCUGCCUUUAGUCCUCCGUGGCUCUGCAAACCCGAACAAUGUCCAUUUCUCUGUCUCGUUUUCUCUGUAAAUUUCGGCUCCUCAGUUUGUCGUGGAGAAGCUCCAUGGAAAACUCACCGAAGAGAAGCUCUCUCUCUCCUUGAAACUCUAACAACCACACCAUACUCUGUUCCAACCAUUGAAUUCUCUAGUUUCUUUUUUGUUUGACUUUUGGGUUUUUUCCUUAGCAUCUUUACGAAACUAAUAGACCCCCUAGUUCCAUUUUUCGUAUCUUUUUCCAAAGUUCAAUGCAACCUUAGUCCCCUCUGUUUGUAUCCCUUCCCUUGCCUUAACUUUGUGGGCUUUUUGUAGCUAAUGCUGUCGCUUAGACCUGCGCUUUUCUAAUUGGGUCUAGGUUUUUUGGAACCCUAAGACCUAUUUUGAGUUUUACCUUUUGCACAUUAUUUUGCUGCUCACUUUUGCUUCAUACCCACUUAUUUGGCGGCUGUUUUUCAUUCCUUUACAAACGGACGAAAGAGAAAAACUAGGAACUUUUGCAACUUUUUAAGCUAGGGUGAGUUUCUGGGAUGUGGGUUUUGGUUAGAGUUGUAUUUGCUUUAGCGUUUUGUUUGAAUGGGUUUGAAUUCCGUGAGAACCCAAGAUUACCAGUAUUAGGGUUUUGUAGUCAAAUGGGUUAGUUUGGCAAGAUAUAAGGGGGAAAAAAUAAAAAUAAAAAGCUUGAUCACUUUUGUAACCUGUGAUUUUGCAGCUGAUACGAUGUAAAGGGCUUGUUGAAUUUUAUUUGGAAGGGGUUCGCAGCAUCAUGGUGUUUGCGAAUGAUCAUAGUUUCGUGGCUUGGGAGGAGCACAUUUUGUGUCACGACAGAGGAAACCGUGUGGUUCACUACUACUUGAAGGAUCUAACUGGGGAUUUAGUUCUUGCUGUUAUAGGGACUGAGAGGAGCAUUAGGCAUAUGAUGUAUGUAGUUUCCGAUCAGUUCUUGAAGGCUUAUGGGUCCAAAGGAUCCAUCAAUUCCUGCACAAAAUGGCGAGCAAGAAGAGAAGUUGUUGAGUGGUUGACAUCUUUGGUCUCUAGGCAGCGUCUGCUAGAUGUUUCAAAUUCACCAACAAAUGACUCAACGCAAGCUGUAUCAUUGACUGAAUUCAGGGGUCGUCAAACUCACUUGCCAGAUCAAAUGGUUCCAAGAAAAUUGAAAGUUCAGUAUUCAGGAAUUGAAUGGUCUGGGAUUGCUUGGAUCUGUGCCAAGCAGCUCAAGCACUACCCAGCUUUUUUCAGGAAUGGAACUACCAUAGGAGUUCACUCCUUUGUAUUUAUAAUGGCUUUAGAGGAUUAUCACUACCUUGGUUACUUGGAAGACAUGUAUGAAGACAAGAAAGGACAGAAAAAGGUAAAAGUGCGUUGGUUUCACCAUAAUCAGGAAGUCAAAGAUGUAAUCCCUCAGCUAAAUCCACACCCCAAAGAAGUUUUCAUCACACCUCAUGUCCAAGUGAUCAGUGCAGAGUGCAUUGAUGGCCUUGCGACUGUUUUAACACCUAAGCAUUAUGAGAAAUGUUUGGAAAAAGUUGCAAAUAAUUCAUCACCUGGAGUCUAUAUGUGCUUUAGACAGUUCAAAAACCAUAAGCUUAGACCCUUCACGCUUGCUAAAUUGCGUGGAUACUCCAACCAAGCAAUUCUCUCCUCUAUAGAUGACCAAGUUGUCUUCAAGCAGAAACUCAAGGGUUACAAGCUUUGUGGGGAAGAUGGUGAAGAUUUUGAAUGUGAUGAUCUUGUGGGUUUGGGUUCUAAAAGGAAUAGAAGUCACAAGGAACAUCAAGGGCUUGAAACAGGUGGUCCAAAAUGUGAUCCAACAAGCCAGAAGUUGAAAUUAAGGCUAUCAAGAAAGAUGAUGGGCAUGAAAUUUGUCACACCUGAGCCCCAAUGUUCCAUUUCUUUCAAGGUUGAUGAGAGGAUAGAGCUGCUCUGUCAGGACAGUGGCAUGCGAGGUUGCUGGUUCAGAUGUAAGGUUGUGCAGGUAUCUCAAAAGCUUCUAAAAGUCCAAUAUGAUGAUGUGCUGGAUGUUGAUGAAUCUGGCAAUUUAGAGGAAUGGAUCCCAGCAUAUAGAGUGGCUGCUCCUGAUAGACUGGGCAUAAGAUGCUCAGGUCGCCUGAGAAUCCGGCCAUGCCCUCCCGAGGAUUCUACAGACUUUACUUUUGUGGUUGGAGCGCCAGUGGAUGCUUGGUGGUGUGAUGGCUGGUGGGAAGCUGUAGUCACUGGAAUUGGAAUUUCUGGAACUGAUCUUCAAGUCUAUUUGCCUGGUGAAGAAAAGUUUUUGACUCUCCAGAAAAAGGAUAUUAGAGCUUCCAAAGACUGGAUAGGGAACAAAUGGAUAGAUUUAAAGGCAAAGCCUGACAUACUCUUAUUUUUGUCUGAAAAUGUCAGUCCUAACUUGAAGAUGGAUGAGGUAGCUGGAUCCAAAGUUAACAUGAUUCCCAAGCCUGACAUCGUUGGAGGUAGACAAGGAUUAGCUGAUUUAGUCACGCCUAUUGACCUUUUGGAAAAUGUGAAGGAUUCAAAUCCAAAGAAGCGGUCUCAUAUCAACAACGGUGAUGAAACUAAUAAUUCUAAUGGUAGUGACAGUGGCAUUGAUGAUGCCGAUGGUGGCAACGAGGAGAAAUCAGUUUUAGUGGAAGAUGGUCUAAAUGAGAAAUGUGAAGCAUCAGAAGCAAUAGAAGUGACAAAGUAAGUUAGAACUGGGCCGGAGAAUUUUUUCAUUUUGAUGAUAGAUCCAGAAAGGAAGGACUCAUAAUUGUGAGAUGUAAAUAAGGAAAAAGUGUUGGCAUAGGCAUACUCGAAUAGAUUUUCAAAAUGAAGAGAAUUGGCAGGUGUACAGGAAAUGUUAAAAAGUGUUUUGGGACUAAAUCGGUAAAUGUAAUCAUGGUCAGUUUCAGGUUAGUCAGUUAGCUCAUUUUACUCCUAAUGGUCAAAGAAGAAGUGUGUAUGCACGUCCAGAAAUAUAUGAGUUGUGUCUUUUGUAUAUUAUAGUUGGACAUGGAUUUAGUUGUAAAUUUUAAAAGGUUUGUCUUGUAUUCUAAUUAAUCCGAAGGAUUUCAGUUUUAAGCUAAGAUCAAAUGUAUUACAUUUUCUGCAA